AUGAAUGCCUCAGCCAACUUGCGAAAGUCUUACAUACGCACGUCGGUGCUCAUCCCGAUACCCCCGACGGGUCCGAUUCUUGAGGACUCGACCCUCAAGCGAAGGACACUCAAGUCCGAGGUUCCCGAAGUUGACGAUGCACAACGACAUCAAAUAGUCCAGGCGCUGAACUACCUCGAGUACCAGACGCGAUGCACUAUAGAACGACAUGAUUCCCUGUCUUACCCCAUCAAAGAGUACUCCCUCGAGAAUUCGGCCGUCGAAGUGCAGGGAUCCCCCAGCACACAGGCCAGCCGCAUGCUCACUAUAUACCCGAUUAAAGACAUGAACUGGGUCGUCACAAUGCUGUUCGUUGUCGGCAGUCUCAUCUUUGUCAUCAACGGGGUCCUGGGGCUGCUCCCGUUCAUAGACCCGGCCCUCGCUUUUCCCGCUCUAGCCAAUAUUCUUCUACCAGGCACGAUUCUCACAGGAGCAGUCAUGUUCUUGACGGGGGGGACGCUUGGUGUCUUUGCCGCCUUCAAUGCCGAUCGCGGCACCCUAGAGAAGACCGAGGGCAAAUCGAUCGAAGACGGCGCUAACGUCAUAUACCGCCCAGCUCUCAUCGGCUCUCCGGCCUGGGUCUGGAUACCGAGCGCGGCCGACGCCGCUGCGGUACUCAAAACGCUCCCGUUCCAAGCCGGGCUGGUGCAGCUGCUUGGCGGUGUGAUUUUCACCGUACCCGCCGUGGCCGGCGUCCCCGGGCUCCUCGACCCGAACGACCUCCCCGUAUUCUCGAUGCUGGUUUUCGUGCCGCAAGUGAUUGGAGGCUCCUUGUUUUUUCUCGCAAACUUCGCGCUCAUUAUAUUCGCACAGGACGUUUGGUACAAGCCCAAGUUUGGAUCCUGUGAGUGGCAGGGCGCAUAUUGGAACACCUUGGGCUCGGCUGGGUUUGCCAUCACCGGCGUGUUACUAUUGCAAGGCAACUUUUCGGGGGCCUCGGUCAUGUCCUUCGCUGCAAGUUCUGCUUAUCUCAUCGGUAGCAUCUUUCAGUGGUAUGUUCUGAUGGAGUUCCACGCGACACCUUGGGCAUCUUGA